AUGUUAAGGCAAUGUUUAAGAGUAGUAAAAAUAAGUUCAGUAGCAUGUAAUACAUCAAAAAAGAAUGUAUCAGUGUUUAUACAUGGAAUUAACAGUGAAUUCUCGAUUUUUUCAAAUUCACAAAUUAUUCAGCAUGCUCGAUUUUCAUCCACAAAUAAUAAUUUAAGUGACAAAUCCAGUAAUGAUGAGUUUAGGAAGUUUAUAGCAUCACAACAUUCAGAUUCCUUUGGAUCAUUAUCACCGAAUGUCAAUGCAGCAGAUGACGAGUUUGUGGACGAAGAUGAUAUUAAGGAAGAGAAUUUUAUUAAAAAUCCAAAAAGAAAGUCUGAUCAAAAGAGCACAAAAGUAUAUGCAGACAUGAUUAAGGAUCAUCUGAAGCAUGGUAGAAUAAAGGAAGCCAUUGAUGUAUUAGAAGUGAAUAUUAAGGAUGAUGGAUUUCGUCCAAUGAAUUAUAUCUUUAAUCUGUUAAUUGAUGGAUGUGCUAAAGUUGGAUAUACCAAAAAGGCAUUUAAUCUAUUUACUCGAAUGCGACAGAGAGGAUUGAAAGUUACAGGUGCAACAUAUACCUCAUUAUUUAAUUCCUGUGCCAAUAGUCCGUACAAACAUGAAGGACUAGAAAAGGCAGUAAGAUUAAGGGAAAUUAUGGCUGAAAAAGGCUAUGAACCGAAUUCUAGUAACUAUCAUUCGAUGAUUAAGGCUUUUGGACGUUGUGGUGACAUGAAGACAGCAUUUAUCCUUGUCGACGAAAUGAUUGAUAAGAAGCUCUUAGUCACGACUGAAACAUUUAACUUCCUGCUUCAAGCCUGUGCCUCAGAUCAAGAAUUUGGAUUUAGACAUGCUCUACUCGUUUGGCAUAAAAUGUACCAAAAAGGAUUAAAGCCUGACAUUUAUUCCUUUAAUUUAAUGGUCAGAUGUUGCCGAGAUACACGAUUAGGAGAUAGAAAGUCAACAGAGGAAGUGAUUCAAACAAUUUUGCUGAGAAAUUCAGAGAAUGUGAAUCGAAUUGAGGACGGCGAUAGUAAUGAGAACCUACUAGCUAGUGGUGAGUCAGUAAAUGCUAUUAAGCCAACAAAUCCUCAAGAUACACAGUACAUGCCAAACUUACUUGCUUUACGUCCAAAUCUUGGUAAUUUGAUAGAAAUUAAGGAAGUAAAGCAACCGAGUGAUCGAUUCUUACUGCUUGGUGGACUUACUGGAUAUUUAGACUUAAUGAGGCACUUUGAAGUUCCACCAGAUUUAAAGACAUUCACAGAAUUAAUGGAUGUGAUUCCUAAUACAAAGGAAAUGGACAUAAGGUUACUUAAAAUCAUCAGAAAGGCACAAAUCCAAUGUGAUGUUGAUUUCUUUAAUAUUCUAAUCAAAAGACGUGCAUUAAGGAACGAUUAUUUUGGUGCUAGGGAAGUUCUUGAUGACAUGAUAAAGCGAGCAAAAUUGGAACCAGAUAUUGUGACUUAUGGAGUUCUAGCAUUAACUUGCCAGACACGUGAUGAAGCAUGGGAACUAAUUAAUGAAAUGAGGGAUAAAGGAAUUAAGAUGAACUUGCCAAUUCUUGGUGGAAUGUUAAAGCAGGCAUGCUAUAAUAAGCAUUUUGACUAUAUUAUGGAUAUCUUGUAUAUUAUCAAGAAAUUCAAUAUUAAGCCAAAUGAUAGGAUUAUGGAUACAGUCGAUAGAUUCGUUGUUAGCUGUAAUUACCUUAAAAAGAGGGACAAUAAGAACAUCCCGAGGAACUUCCGGGAAAAUGUCAAAAGAUUUAAACAGGAUUAUGUAGUAUGGAAGGAAUCAGUUGGACUAAGCCAGUCAGAAACAUUAACAGACGAGGAUAAGAAAAUUUUAAAAGAGAAGCCAUGGAAACAGUUUAAAGAGGCACAACCUGUUGGGUACGAAGAUUCUAAGAAUGAAAAAUGGCAACGGAAACAAAAGCUGAAAAGAAAUAUUAAAAUGAUCAAAACAAAGCCUAUAUUAAUAGAAAAAGAGCAGGAUUAG